AAAAACACACACACACAUACACACACAAAGGGAUAUGGAGGAGGAGAAGAAAGAGACUCCAUUGAAGGCACCACCACACUUUGUGCUCAUCCAUGGCAUAAGUGGAGGAAGCUGGUGUUGGUACAAGAUGAAAAGCUUGAUGUACAACUCCGGAUACAUGGUGACUUGCAUCGACCUCAAAGGUGCAGGCAUCGACCCUUCUGAUCCCAACACGAUUCUCUCUUUUGAUCAUUACAACAAACCUCUCCUUGAUUUCUUCUCUUCCUUACCCUUGCUUCAUCAUCAUAAGGUGAUAUUGGUAGGACACAGUGCCGGGGGACUAAGCAUAACACAAGCAACUCACAAGUUUCCGAAUAAGAUAAGCGUUGCAGUUUAUGUUGCAGCGACCAUGCUUAAAAACGGGUUUUUAACUGAACAAGACGUUAAAGAUGGAGCACCUGAUUUAUCUGAAUAUGGUGAUGCUUAUGACCUAGAGUUUGGCUUAGGCUCAACUCAACCUCCUACAACGGGAACCGUAAAAAAGGAGCUACAACGUAAACUACUAUAUCAUAUGAGCCCUCCAGAGGACUACAUGUUAGCUUCAAUGUUGUUACGACCAGGGCCCAUUUAUGCAAUACAAAGCGCUCAGUUCCCAGAAGGAAAUGAAGAUGUAGAAAAGGUGCCGAGGGUAUACAUUAAAACAAUGUAUGAUAGAGUGAUCAAACCUGAGCAACAAGACAAUAUGAUCGCGAAAUGGACACCUUCACAAGUGUAUGUUUUGGAGAGUGAUCACAGCCCGAAUUUCUCUAGUCCUUUUGCGCUGUUUGGAUUACUGGUUAAGAUUGCGGCUUCAAUUGGUGGCACCUAAAAGAUUUUGGUUCAGUUAGACUUGAUUAUGUGUGACUAAAAAGAUAUAUUUCAUAAAGGUCU